AUGGAGUCCUCCAGACAAUACCAGGUACCGCAAACACCGCGCGUAAUAUCGCCCUCGCCGACACCCUCGGAAGCAGGUAGUGGGAAAGAUGGAUAUUUCGGGCCUGUGACGCGCUCGUCGACGCGCAAGAACAAGCAGCGCGUCACGUCACCCCCGUCAAUUGACGAAGACUCGUCAGGCUCAGAUCCUGAGAAGAGGGCGAGAGCUAGGAGUCGGAGCCCUAUUCUUGGAGCAGGGGUUGGCAGGAGGAGAAUGAGUGGUCUGACUACGCGGAAACAAGUCAACGGAAGCCUGAAGAAGAAUCUCGCACUACCAAAUGGCACGGUCAACGGACAUCUGUCCCCAGCGGCCGCAAACAAGAAUUACUGGAGGGAGAUGAGCAGGAGUCCGAGUCCGCUAGGCCUGAUUCCAAUCCACCAGAAGUGGCGGUCAUUUAUCCAUCGCCAUGAAAUUCCCCGCAAGAUCCUCCACGUUUCCAUUGGCUUCCUCACACUCUUCCUUUACUGCACCGGCACGCAAACGUCCCAGAUUCACAACGUCCUAUUUGCAAUGCUCAUUCCAGUCGCGUUGACAGACGUUAUCCGACACCGCUACUGGCAAGUAAAUCGCUUCUACAUCCGCUGCCUGGGCGCGUUAAUGCGGGAGUCCGAGGUCGAUGGGUACAAUGGCGUCAUAUCUUAUCUCUUGGGCGCAUGGAUCGUUAUGCGCUUCUGCCCCAAGGACAUAGCUGUCAUGAGCAUCCUACUUCUAAGCUGGUGCGAUACUGCGGCCUCCACCUUCGGCAGGCUUUGGGGACAUCUUACCCCUAGAGUGAGAAAGGGGAAGAGUCUUGCGGGUUCCAUCGCUGCGUGCGUCACUGGUAUCAUUACAGCGGCUGUGUGGUGGGGUUGGUUAGGUCCUCUAUACUCGGAUUACAACCACGGCGAACACAACUUCGCGUUCCAAGGUGUCCUGGCACUUCCCGCACAGGCUCGGGAAUUACUUGGUUUGUCAGUUACCCAGGCUUCUAUCACGGGCUACUGGGCCUUGAGCAUCAUGUCGUUAGCGGCAGGCAUCGUGGCUAGUUCCAGUGAAGCGAUCGAUAUCUUCGGCUGGGACGACAACUUGACCAUACCUGUGCUCUGUGGUGCCGGUUUAUGGGGCUUUUUGAGAGUCUUCGGUUGA